AAAUGUUCGAUCGAAAACGAUCGAUCAGUAUGCAAAUGGUGUGAUAGCUUGUUUUGUAAGAAGAAUACAUUGUCACUGUUUUGAGGGAACCAGAAUUCACUGCUCUCUUUUUUUCAUAGCAAGUGUACCCGAACGCUCGGAAAUAUCACUUUCACACCCGAACACGGCUUAACGUCAACGCAAUUAUGACGUCACAAUAGAAUAACGUCAUGACUGGAAAGUUAAAAUAGCCUUUGUAUCAGCAAAGAACAUUGGAAGCCGGAAAAUGGAAAAAUCGACAGUGAAUUCCUGUAAAAGCCAACAAAAUCACAAACACCAAUAUCGACAGUACAAUGAGUACCUGAAGCGACUAGCCAAAAAACGCGACGAUUUCGUUGACCAAGGAAAGCCAGAUUUAGCGCAUGCGCUGGAGCGACUGCGCCUGUCGUCCAUUAGCAACGCGCAAAACAUCUAUCGUCUGCUGCUGCAGCAUUCGAGGCUGGUCCGACAGCCGAAACGGGUUGCGGCGAGCGACAGCGAAAGCCACAGACAAAACGGAGGUCCUUCUGGUGAACCUGCAAAGCCAGCUCCAGGUCCAAUCCGCCGAGGUAAGCGAGUGGAUCCUUCUAAAGGACAACCACCAUCAAAACCAGGUCGUAAUCGGCAGGCAUCGCGCGCGGACCCCCCUAAAGGACAACCACCAUCAAAACCAAGUCUCAAUGUGCAGGGGCUGCGAGGAGAUCCUCCUAAAGAACCUUCAGACCAGACGUCAGGAGAGGGCACGGAUAGCGGGCAGACAGCAAUCAACGAGUCCGUGAAGAUAAAUCUACGACGGUUCAGGACUCCAAUCUCCGUCUGCAGGAUGAGGAGCGAGAGAAUGAAGGAGGAGAGAGCGGCGAAGAAGAGAAGAAACCUGGCAGUUAACAGCAGACACAGGCAGAGCACGGGCUCCAUAGCGCCAGUCGGAGGACUGUUAAAGAUCCUGUCUGUGUCCCACUCGGCGUCGAGCAUCCCGUGUAACCAGAGAGUCAGGGAACAGAGGAAAUGCGAGAGUCUGCAGAUCAGCAAAACCACCAGAGUCUACAGCAGGCUGGCUUCAGACUGCAAGAACGGCUACACUCAAAAGAGCAUCGCGAACGCGCAAAAAUAUGUCGCAGUCAGACGAGGAGCUGCCGGCGAAAGCAAUGCCAUACGUCCUGGGUCGCAUCCUUGCUGUCUGGAUGGUCUCUUUGUCGGCAACGCGUCCCCACAGAGCGCCUCAUGUAAGGGACGUUCUGAAUCAAAGUCUGCGAAACUGGGCAGUUUAUCUUUGGACAGCCUUCCCCCUGGCGAUACGGCUGGGGAGAAUUAUUCGAGGAAACGGGAAAGCGGGUAUACAGGAAAAGCAGGAACACGCGCUGCUUCAUCUAAGGAAACGGGUUCCAAACUGGGUAUCCUAGCAACGUCUAAGAAACUAAAUACCCGCUCUGCGGGAAAACUGAGUCAACGGUACAUUUCAAUUAGCGAAAGCAAAGCUCCCAGGCCAAAGUCGUUAAAAGAUUUCAGUUCAGCAGGCAGCAUUGUGCCAGCGAAGUGCUCACCAGACGAAACUGGGUUCUUGCAAUACGACAGCCUGCUUUCGUCUGAAGGGAAAUAUUUGCCACACCACAGCCUUUCCGAUCAGACAGAGUCUGAACUGGAUUUGGAGCUGGCAUCUCCGAAGCUGGACAGUCUUUCGGGUGGCAGUUUUUUCCCACAGAGCAGUUGCGCUAGCGACUUCAAAACAACUGGGGCAAGUCCAAGACGAAAUCGUGUCCGAUUCAACAGUUAUUCAUUAGACGACGUUUUCUCCUCGAGAAGUUCUCUGAAAAACACUCUCACUGCCAGUGAUUCCAAACAGGAAAUACACAGCCCCAGUUCCGACUCGCAGCUAAUGGCCGACUCGUUUACGCUGCAAAGAAUGUCCGUAGGCAGCCGUCUCGAUGAGCGAAAGGUGAAGCAGCUGUACAGUUUUUAUGACGAGUAUUCCGCCGAUAGCUCUACGGGAAUGGAGGACAGUACGCUGCCGUAUAUAGGGAACGAGCCGAUUCUAAACGAAGUGGACAAUCUGCCGAUCUGUGACGUGUCUUACAGCUGGAUGACGUCAUCGUCGGAAAGCAGUACAAGUGAUGACGAACAGGAGCUAUUAAAGUUUCCUCUCAUUUGAGAAAAAAAUAAGAAAAGAACGAUUUUUUUUUUUUUUUUUAAAUACAAC